CCCUUCUGGACACGCCUGACGUUACUGCUAAAUAGUACUAGUAAUAGUCCGCUCCGCUCCCCUCCCCUCCCGUGCCCCCAGCACUUGGCAGAUUCAGCCGGUUCCCUUCGUAUUCGAGUGCCCCCACAACAUGCCUUGCCCAACCAGGGUCUAGUGCCAGUAAAGCUUCUCCUGUUGACAAUAACGCAACAACCGCUCUCUUAGCGCGUUCUAGACUUUGUUUUUAUACGGGAAAAGAAUUGGUCUGCGAGUGAUUUUAUUUCUUGUUAUUAUUCAAUAAUCUUACAAGGUCGCUUUAGGGUUCUCGUCCUCCUACUACUUCUUGGGAAAGGUGAGCCGUUGUAUGGAACCGCCUCUUUCCAGCCCGUGCAACUGCAUCAGUAAAGAUAAUUCAAAGACAGGUCCUCUUCCUGCUACUACCACCGCCGCUUCCAUUGUUGGUAGAAUUGGGCACAAUUCGUAAACCGACCAUGGCUUUUCGAAGCAUGUCCUUGAAGUACACUAGUACUGACGAGGAUUGUACGCUGUAUGCUCUGUAUCCGAAGCAAGGGAGUGAAAGCCCAAUAUUCAGCAACAACCAAGGCUUCCAUGUUACACAGGAAGCAUUUGAGAACAUUGAAGCCAUCAUCAUGAAGACUGAAGGUACACAAAGGCCAAAUGAGAUUUCUGCACCCUAUGAAGCACCACAGUUUCCAAUUGAACAAAUUGAAGACAAACUAAAAUUACAUCGACAGCUUAGCAGCUUUUUUCCAAGAACCUCAGAGCCAUUUCCAACAAAUGUUGGUCAGAAGAAUUCUAGGAAGGAAGGGCUUCAACUUCCUGGCUCAUUUUUAGGUGACCAAACCGACUACCCGCAAAUCCCUUUCAGAGUAACAGAAAGACCAUCAGGACGAUAUGAAGCCUCUGAGACGACAGCCUUAGAUAGCCAAGAUGUAUCUACAUUUGAAUUGGAUGAGGCAGAUUAUGCGCCCCAUUAUCAGCGAGUCUUCAUAAGUGGUGAAGAAUCUUGUAGUAUGCCUGUUGAAGAUAUCUCCAAGUCAUCAAAGCUCCUGAUAGAGGCUCUUAGAUUGCGAGAAAGAUAUAUGGCUUGGGGAUUACAGUCUUUUCCAUCUGUGACAGCCAGAUUUUUAAGAGAAGCUGGAAUAGAAGAUCCAAUGAGUCAGUGUCGUAAAUAUAUUGGUGCCUGCAGUGAUCGGAAAAGUCUCGAAGUUUUACAAGACCUGCUGGGCAGCAUGGAAACUUGUUCUUCCAUUGCCACCGGGGACCAUCCAAUCCACCCACCUCUGAAGGAUGUUAGUCCAUGGAAAACAGAUGUCCCAGAAAAUUGUGGGUAUCACAUCUAUAUGCACAAUGGAGUCUUUCAGGUUUAUUCAAGUGAGGAAGCUUUUCAGCAGAAUGAGCCACGACCAUAUGGUUACCCAAUUUUAGCUCGAUAUGUUCAGGAUAUGAAUUUGCUUUGUGCUUUAAUUGCUAAUGGUCCUGUCAAAUCCUUCUGCUACAGACGACUUCAGUAUUUAUCAUCAAAGUUUCAGCUUCAUGUUCUUCUGAAUGAAAUGAGAGAGCUUGCAGCCCAAAAGGCUGUUCCACACCGUGACUUCUACAACAUCAGAAAGGUUGAUACGCACAUUCAUGCAGUCUGCAUGAACCAAAAACAUUUACUGCGGUUUAUCAAGAAGGCUAUGAAGACUCAACCGGAUGAAAUAGUUUGUUGUGUCAAAGGUGAAAUGAUGACUUUGGCCCAGGUUUUUGCAUCCUUAAAUCUCACUGCAUAUGACCUGUCUGUUGACAUGCUUGAUGUUCAUGCGGAUAGGCACACAUUUCACCGUUUUGACAAAUUCAAUGCCAAGUACAACCCAGUUGGAGAGUCUCGGCUGCGAGAGGUGUUCCUAAAAACUGAUAACUACCUCAAUGGAAAAUAUUUUGCACAUAUAAUUAGGGAAGUCAUGGCAGAUUUAGAGGAGAGCAAAUACCAGAAUGCUGAAUUGAGACUUUCCAUAUAUGGAAAAUCUCAGGAUGAAUGGGAUAAGCUGGCACGAUGGGCAGUAGAGCACAAUGUACAUUCAGAAAAGGUCAGAUGGCUGAUCCAGGUUCCCCGUCUCUUUGAUGUGUACAAAAGUAAUAACAUAAUGGACAACUUUGCCGUUCUUAUAGAUAACCUGUUCCGUCCACUUUUUGAAGUUAGCAUUGACCCAAGUAGUCACCCUGAGCUUCAUGCCUUUUUGCAAUAUGUGAUUGGAUUUGAUAGUGUUGAUGAUGAAAGCAAACCAGAGAAUUCUCUCUUGGACAAAGAUUCUCCACCUCCUCAGUUAUGGACAGAUACUGAGAACCCACCAUAUGCGUAUUACCUCUAUUACAUGUUUGCAAACAUGUGCACCUUGAAUCAGUUGCGGUGGGAGCGUGGCCUUAACACAUUUGUUCUACGACCACACUGUGGUGAAGCUGGUCCUAUUCAGCACCUUGUAUCAGGUUUUCUCUUAAGUGAGAACAUCUCUCAUGGUCUAUUGCUUCGCAAGGCUCCUGUUCUUCAAUUCCUUUACUAUCUUGCUCAGAUUGGUAUUGCAAUGUCUCCUCUUUCAAAUAAUUCUCUGUUCUUGAAUUAUCACCGGAACCCUUUACCAGAGUACUUGGCUCGUGGUUUAUUGGUAUCUUUGUCUUCUGAUGAUCCAUUACAAUUCCACUUCACAAAAGAGCCCCUCAUGGAAGAAUAUUCAAUUGCAACACAGGUGUGGAAACUGUCUCCAACAGAUAUGUGUGAACUGGCAAGAAAUUCCGUCCUAAUGAGUGGAUUUGAUCAUGAGAUUAAACAGUUCUGGAUUGGGCCAAAUUACACACGGGAAGGAGUUGCUGGCAAUGACAUAAAGAGGACCAAUGUUCCAAAUAUUCGUGUUGCUUACAGGCAUGAAACCAUGUUGGACGAGUUGGCAAAUAUCUUCAGACCACCAGAGGGCAGAGAAGAAAACUGAAGUGGUUUUGGAGAACCUGAAUAGAUGUAGUUAAUUUUUUCCAACAAGUGAUAUUACAAGUUAGUAAACUGUAAUUUACUGAGGAUGUAUGUUGAUUCAUCAGAGAAAUUUUAGUUUACCAGUAUUAUUAAGGUCAUAGUAUUUAAAAUGUGAAAGUUUGAACUUUGUGAUUUACAUAUAUGAUAGUUAUAUAAAAGUAGCUUUUAGAAUAUGAAGAAUUUAUUAAGGAAUUUAUAUAAAGUUAGGCUAUCUAGGUCAGAGAAUUAGGUCAUUGACAUAUAGAAUUAUAUUAGUAAAUAUAUAUACACCAUAUAUACAAUGUAUGUAUAUUUUUAUCUCAGAAUUCUAGGGAAUUAUACAUAGAUCUCUCUAUAGUCUGUAAGUAGUCAUUUUAGUUUUUGUCUUGGAUGAGAUAUAUGCUUUUUAUUGCACUGAAUGUUAUACUAUUAAGUUGGCAUGUGAGGAAGAUUUACUUUGAUUACAUUUUCAGAAUGUUUUCUUGUAUCUCUUGUGUUACAGAACAUGAAAGCUUACUUAAAGUGUUUGGCUCAUGAUUAUUAUGUCUUUUCCAAAAUGGUGAUAGCACAAAAUCGUAAGAGUACAGUAAACAUUUACAAUUUUCAGUUUUAUCAACUCAAGAAAAAAAUAUCUUUAUUAACAUGAACAAUAUAUGAUAAAGACAAAUGGUAUUGUGGUAAUGUUGGGAUAUUAAUUGUAAUCUUGCCAUGAAAGCAUUCAUAGAGUAAGAUUUACCAAACAAAGUAGUUAUUAAACCUAAGUUUGUAAUGUAGUGCUUUAUCAUUUUAUAUGAAGGAUGUUGUAGAAACAGUAUAUAUAUUUAUUCAUAAUGGAGCACAUUUGAACUUUCCUAAAAUAGGCAUGUUAUAAUGUUUCACAAUACGUAAUAGAUUUUAUACUAUUUAACAUCAGUCAUAAACCUGGGGCCACUAUUACUAUACUGGGUAGGAAAAGCGUGGUAUUUUAUUUGGUUGAUAAACAGUUAGUUAGGCAAAGAAAGUCUAAUUAUGCAGAUGAGCAUGGAGUGUCAUAGAACUAUAUGAACAUUUUCCCUUACUUCUUUUGAGAGCUUUUCUAACAUCCUUGCAAAGUAUUACUGUAUUUCAAAAUUUUUUAUAUAAUAAAUUCAUCAGUAGAGCUGUUAGCUUUAUUUCCAACAAUUAUAAUUGUAUUUUGCUCCUUGCUUUUAAGUGGAAUAAUGGUCAUGUGAAUCCCUUAAUAUGGUUUUUGUAGGAAAAAAAAUUAUGGAAAAGAACGUUUAGAAGGUACACAAGCUUUGAUAGAUAAGCUGGCUUUGUAUCUGUAUGCUAAUUAAAUAUAUUUUCAUAUUUUGCAUACAUGGAAGCAAAGGUGAAUUAAGAGUGAGUGUACUUUCCAAAAUUUAUCUCGAGCAAUAAUUCUUUGGUAAACAGCACUGUACAUAUACAGUCAAGUCAGUUCUGUAGCAGAGGGGCGCUAUUAAAAGUAACAUUUUUGGAACAGACAUUGAGAUUUGACAAGUUGCUUUUUCUGUGUUUGAAUUGGGGAUUUUUAAAUGAUUUAGCAAUAGUAUAAGUAAAUCAACUGUCAGUCAUUGUGAGGAAUGACAGUGAUAGGUGCAGGUGAAUUAUGAGUCCUUCAGUUUAUAUUUUUCAUAUUUAUUGAUACAUUGUUAGAAAUGGAACUCUGUACUCAUCUGAAUUUUACCAGUAGUUUUUUUGGCAUUAAGACACUGCAUUGAAUGAAGUUUUAUACAAUUUUACUAAUGUUUUGAUUUUUGAGAUCUUUAAUCAAGUGUGUCUAAAAAAGUUAACUGUAAAUCAAUUUGGGUUUAAGUUUUUAAUUUUUAGAGCAAUUUUGAAAUUUUCUUUAAAUUGCAUUUGUAAAUUUUACCAUAAUAAUGAAUUUUAUGUUUUCUCGACAUAGCAUAAAUUUGAUACAGGAGCUAUUGCAAACAUUGGUUUCUGAGUUACAGUAUAAUGUUUUUUAUGUGGAUUAUUAAACUCAAUAAUAUUGAGUCUUACCUAAUAGAGCAAUUUAAAUGGCAGACUAUCUGUGAUGAAACUUAGUCAUUGUCAAAGUAAUUUAAGAUAUAUUUCAAAGUAAAGCUUAGCAUAGCUUACAUCGUAUGGUUUACUCUUUGAACAUACCAAUCUCCAAAUGGCAAAAUUACUAGAUUUUCCCAGUCAGUUUUAUUGAAUGGCCUUCUUAGCUGUAGUAUCAUAGGACCAGAAAAGACACUCGGCUCAGUGGCCUUGUGCCUUCCUUCCAAAAAUCGGCAGGAUCUUGUAGAUUGAAAUACGCACGCAGAGACAAAGCACUGUUCUUUAUGAUUUGAUGACUAGAGUCAUACCAGCAUUAAGAGAGCUGUCUGCACAACCAAUGUAAAUAAAUAUAAAUCUACCUGAAUAAAUUUUCAGAAUUUGUUUCAGGGCCUACUAUUUCAAAAGUGCCGAAGGCCUACAAAAGACCUCAAUCCAGUCUUCCUGCAGGAAGAACUCUGUGAUGUUUUCAGUCCCUGAGAUUUGAUUGGAUAUAAAAGUGUUAGUGAUUGUAUCAUUUUGGAAUCAGUUGGGCAGUACAUAAUUGCUAAAUAUAUAUAACUUGUUAACCCUUUUAUGCCAUAUUUGGCAUUAAUUUUUAACUUAAUGUAUGCUAAUUAUGAAACUAAUGUAAUCAAGGGAAAUAAAUUGCUGUAUAAUGCUACAUCAUUCUUUCAUUCUUCGACAAACUGCUUUAUUGUUGCUUUUGUCAACCAGUGCCCUGUCAGACUUCAGUAUUCAGCAUACAAAAGGGGUUGACAGCAAUGUAACUAGCCUAAUGUUCCAAACAGCAUGUACAGUAUAUGCUUCUAUUUAAUACUUUAUACAGUAUCAAUUUACAUUGACAUACAAGAGUAAUAAAUCUAUUUCAGUUAAAUGCUGUUUCAUGCAAAAUAUUUUUUUAUGGUCAAGUUUUAUAAGUUUGUUCUAACUCCUUUUGAUUUUAUAUCAUAUUGAAUGUCCUAGAUUAUCUUUACUGUUAAUUGAUUUUUACCAGAAAAUCUAUGAUAAUUGUUCUUGAAUGUUGUACUACAUGUCAUCAUAAAAUUACUUUACCGUUAUUUAAUUUUUGCCUCAAAAUCUAUAAUAAUUUUUCUUGAAUGGUGUACUACAUGUCAUCAUGUAAUUAACAUGUCUGACUUUUACAAGUUGUCUUAUUAAAAGUGAACUUUGAUCUAUUCUUAUGCAAUUCGAAUCCAACAUUCUAAGUUAUUACCAGUUUAUUCAAUGAAAAAGACUUAUUUUAUUACAGUUCCACUUCUGACCUGCACAUUAGCUGUUGCUUCAAAUGGGAAUCUCUUCUUGCUCUUAAUUUUGAAUCGGCUCUUCAAUAACUUUUUUUUUAAUGUCUUGAAUAACUGGUUUUUUUAUAUGUUGUAUUCAAAAGGUGUUUCAUUUUCAGUAUACGUAUGUAGAUUGGAUCAUACAUGAAAUGUAAGUGAUUUAUAUGCAAACACUAAGCUACUGCAUUUUGGUGAGGCACCAGUUGAGUAUUUAAGGUAUAAGCAGUGGUAGCUAACUGGCUCAAAGGUUAGUUAUCUUUAUGGUCCAGCUUGCUUGUACCAUUGAUAGCUCUUUGCAGCUUUUUUGCCAUGAUGCUCUUGUAAAUUACACAUGGUUCUUCUGGCACUUGACACUGGUAGGUGCCAAAGACACUUAAAGUGAGAUGAGGACCAGCUUUUAAAGCAGAGAAGAAGAGACUGAUGCAGCUGUUGUGUUCUGUCCUCUUUUAAGGCAGGGGAGAAGAGACUGAUGCUUCUGCUAACGUGUUCUAACAUCAGGUUUUUUUUUUUUUAAUCAGGGCAGCCUUGAUUUAUACAGUUGCUAACUUUUGAGGAUUGAAAGGAAAAGAUAAAAUCCAAAUGCCAGUCUAUGGGAUACAUAAUGCAUGGCCUACCAAAAAAUUCGUCCUACAGUAACUUCAUAGCUGCUUUGGUCAGGAAGUCAAGAGAUAUCUCAUCAGUAAUGCAUGCCUGUUGAUGUCUUACUUACAAUGCUUCUUGCCACAGAAUCAUACGAGUGUAAAUUGUCCACUUACCUCGUCACACAUUCAAGCUGGCUCCUUUGUCAGUGGGUUAAUCAAGAUAUUUGAGGCCCAUUACAUUUAAGAAUGAUAAUCCCAUUAAAUAUGGUAUGGAAAUUAUAAAAUUGUCAUAAAUAUCAUCUAAAGCACCACUAAAGCUACUUAGCCAGAGGAAAUUUAUGCUAGGAAAAACUUUUGCCAGAAUGUAACCAUGGUAAGGAAGGUGGAUAGAGAAGUGUUUGAAGAUCUAAUUGACACAACUGAGUAAUGGAAAAUGACCUAGUAGAGCUGACCCAAAAAACUUCAAGUUUGUUAUAGUAUUACUGAUUUGAUUUAUGAAAUUUAGGCUGCCAAGCAUUUUGACUUUUUCAGCCAUUCACCACUUAAGACUAUGAAAAAGGAAGUUGGAGUGGCUGGACAGGGAGGCAAAGAGAUCCAGAAAAUAUAGAUGAAGUACAAGGAUCCGAGGGUGGAACUGAGAGACAACUCCAAGGAGUAUUGAGAAGUUUGACUGAGAUUGAGGAAAGACUAAAAGAGGCUAAAAAAGUGGUUCCAUAUCUCGAUUGGAUAUUUAUUGCCUACAGUGCACCACAUGAAGUACAUUUAUGUCUUUUAGCCUCUUUUGGGGUACACUGGAUAAUUAUUGUAGAGAGAUUAUGCCGUUUCAUUGCUUUCAUGGACUAUUUUUAUGUUACUGCCCUGGCAGUGCUACAUACCUUGAAUGUUUAAUAAAUGGCAGAGGCAAUAUCAUUAUAAAAAUCAAUAUGUAAAGCAAGAAAAGCAAGAAAAAACAAAGCCAGUCCCAAGCAUAAAUCACAGAGGCUUCUGGACUGCCACUUUUUUUCUCCUUUUAUGCAGCAUUGUGACAAGGUUGAAUCUGAUGAUCUGAUGCCAUGUCUGGAGACUGUUAUAAAUAAUAUUACCAGUUAGUGAUAGUUUGUGUACAAUAAUGUUGCCAGUUAGUGAAAGUUUGUGUACAUAUUCAUGUGUAAGUGUAAUAACUGUGAAUACAAGAACUGCAUAACAGUGUUGGUGUUGCAUCAUCAUUGAAUCUGCUCAUUGUUAUCAUCAUUAUUAUCACAUAUACAUUGUGUGAAAGACUUGCAUGAAAGAAAAUAUACCUCAUCAUUGUUCCUAAGUGGACAGAGUACAAGGCUGUAUAUUUUAUUAUUGAAUCAUGAUUUUAAAUUAUCAUGGUACGUUUUUUUUUAGCACAUAAGCCCUUUCCCAAACAGAAAUAGGAAUAGUGCCCCUAGCAAGACACCAGAGAUGUAGCAGGUAAACCUAUUCAGAGUGACUUCCUUUUUAUGCCACAUCCUGUACCACUGCCUAGUACUUCUUAUUUACUCAACUGAUGCAUCCGUACCACAGAAUUAAGUUUUUGUGAAACAAUGGCCUGCAUUUUAACAUUGUUGUGUUUCAAGAUUUCUUAUGUUUAGUAUGUGUACUGUAGCUUAUGUAAGAUAUAAGGUUUAUAUAAAGGAGUUAAAUUUUCAUAUAUUUCUUAUGAUUUUGUGUAUGUUGGAAUAAGUACAUUCAUUGUAAAUUAUUAAAGGAAUAUAAAAUAAA